CCGGCGCGCAGUGAUGGAUCGCAGGCUGCGUCAGAACCCUCUCCGCGUAUAAAUACGGGUGGCAGAACCGCGCCGAGCCGCACACAGCCAUCCAUCCUUCCCUUUCCCUCUCCCUCUCUCCCCCGUUCUUCUUUCUCUGUAGGCCCCCGUCUCUGCCGCCAGCCAGAGGGGCACCAACCGCCACCAUGAGUUCCUUCAGCUACGAGCCGUACUACUCGACCUCCUACAAGCGGCGCUACGUGGAGACGCCCCGGGUGCACAUCUCCAGCGUGCGCAGCGGCUACAGCACCGCGCGCUCCGCGUACUCCAGCUACUCGGCGCCGGUCUCCUCCUCACUGUCCGUGCGCCGCAGCUACUCUUCCAGCUCGGGUUCCUUGAUGCCCAGUCUCGAGAACCUCGACCUGAGCCAGGUAGCCGCCAUCAGCAACGACCUGAAGUCGAUCCGCACCCAGGAGAAGGCGCAGCUGCAGGACCUCAACGACCGCUUCGCCAGCUUCAUCGAGCGCGUGCACGAGCUGGAGCAGCAGAACAAGGUCUUGGAAGCCGAGCUGCUGGUGUUGCGCCAGAAGCACUCGGAGCCGUCGCGCUUCCGGGCGCUGUACGAGCAGGAGAUCCGCGAUCUGCGUCUGGCGGCGGAAGACGCCACCAACGAAAAGCAAGCGCUGCAGGGCGAGCGCGAGGGGCUGGAGGAGACUCUGCGCAAUCUGCAGGCGCGCUACGAAGAAGAGGUGCUGAGUCGCGAGGACGCCGAGGGCCGGCUGAUGGAAGCUCGCAAGGGCGCCGACGAGGCGGCUCUCGCCCGCGCGGAGCUCGAAAAGCGCAUCGACAGCCUGAUGGACGAAAUCGCCUUUCUAAAGAAGGUGCACGAAGAGGAGAUCGCUGAGCUGCAGGCGCAGAUCCAGUACGCGCAGAUCUCCGUGGAGAUGGACGUGUCCUCCAAGCCCGACCUCUCCGCCGCACUCAAGGACAUCCGCGCCCAGUACGAGAAGCUGGCUGCUAAGAACAUGCAGAACGCUGAAGAGUGGUUCAAGAGCCGCUUCACCGUGCUGACCGAGAGCGCCGCCAAGAACACAGAUGCGGUGCGUGCCGCCAAGGACGAGGUGUCCGAGAGCCGUCGCCUGCUCAAGGCCAAGACCCUGGAAAUCGAAGCGUGCCGGGGCAUGAACGAAGCGCUGGAGAAGCAGCUGCAGGAGCUGGAGGACAAGCAGAACGCCGACAUCAGUGCUAUGCAGGACACAAUCAACAAAUUAGAAAAUGAGUUGAGAACCACAAAGAGUGAAAUGGCACGGUACUUAAAAGAAUAUCAAGACCUCCUCAAUGUGAAGAUGGCUUUGGACAUUGAGAUCGCAGCUUACAGGAAACUCUUGGAAGGCGAGGAGACCCGGCUCAGUUUCACCAGCGUGGGAGGCAUAACCAGCGGCUACUCCCAGAGCUCUCAGGUCUUUGGCCGGUCUGCCUAUGGCGGUUUACAGACCAGCUCCUACUUGAUGUCGGCUCGCUCCUUCCCGUCUUACUAUACCAGCCACGUCCAAGAAGAGCAGAUCGAGGUGGAGGAGACCGUUGAGGCUUCAAAAGCGGAGGAAGCCAAGGACGAACCCCCAUCCGAAGGAGAAGCUGAAGAAGAGAAGGAGAAGGAAGAGGGAGAGGAAGAGGAGGGGGGAGAGGAGGAAGAAGGUGCCAAGGAAGAAUCUGAGGAUGCAAAGGAGGAAGAAGGAGGCGAAGGAGAAGAAGAAGACACCAAAGAAGCUGAAGAGGAUGAGAAAAAAGAUGAAGGUGCUGGGGAGGAGCAAGCAACCAAGAAGAAAGAUUGAGCCCCCCUUUUCCUUAAUUAUUCCAGGAAUAAUCCUUCCGAAAUCAGAUCAACCCCAUCACCAACCAUGCAGUUGAGUUCCAGAUACUAUAUGAAUUAAGAAGUCAAUAUAUGUAUAAUUCUGAGAUGACUCAGGUUGGACAUUAAAUGUUGUGCUAUGACUUUUCUCCUUACGCAGAGUAUCUGUUUGCUUGCAGAGUGGCUUCCUGGCUUGCCGCCAGCCUGUGCAUGGUCCAUGCUUAUGAGUUCAGGAUCUAUGGCAAUGUGAAUAAUUCAGAUGUUUACAAUUAAAACCACAUGAAUAAAUGAAUUCACUAAUGUUCAUGUUAAACUUCAUGGAAAAAAAUAGCCCUUUGAACCUUUGGUGGUUAGAAAUUAAAGACCUCGAAUUAUGUGCAAUAAACAGUAAAUAAAGUUACACUGAGUGACAUUUCUUGCUGUGGUUGUUGAGUUAAUUCAACUAUCUUAAAGAAGGCCCCCAAAUAAGCCAUAUACAAGUGGACUGUUGACCUCCAAAUUUUUUUAAGCCAAAGUAUUAACAAUCACAAUGCAUCUUCCCCCUUAACUGGUAAUUAUGAGGGGUAUAGUUAGGUCAUGACCAUUCAUGAAAUCGCUUCCUUCAAAAAUGUUACUGAUAAUAAACUUGAGUAAAUGAGAGUCCCUGGGGUUUUCUUUUUCUUUUAUAAGUAGUAAUAUAUUUUGCCCCAUAAAAUGUACUAUAUAAUAUUGGGAAUGACUUUAUGGAAGCAAUUCUGAAAUUACCUGAUAAAUAUACCCUUUAUGGUAAACAAGUAACUUUUAAACCAGUAUAUAAUAAUAAAUGCAAUUUGGAUAGAUGGUGAGUCCCACCUGUUCAUCAUUGUAACAGCAUUAAAAUAUAUAGUCUAAAUAUCAUGGGCAGAAGUUGAAACACAAGCAAAUGAUAUAAUCCGAAGGAGUAAUUUUCUUAUCAAUGUAUAAUUUUGGACAGAAAAUAAAAAAGUUAUUUGUUAUUGCAAACACGUUGCCUGCAAUCCUGAGCUCAUGAUUUAAUGUGUUAGCUUUUUCUGUUGCCUUGAGUAAAUAAUAAAUGAAUGGUACCCAUUUAAACCUUUUAAAAACUACAGAUACAGGUAAUGAAAUUGUUAUAAGUCACUAAAGGGGAGAUUCUAUAUGUGUAUGUUACAGUGCCAUUGCUCUGCAUGUCUAUUGGGAAAUAUUUGAAUUUCAAUGAUAGCUCUAACUGGUUGGACAUUGCAUCACCUACCACCCACCCCAUUUGUCCUGUGUCCACUGUAAAGUUAUGAAAGCUCUUGCAUUUGCACUUGAUGUGGAAUGUCGAUGAAAUUAUUGAUGACCUGCUGUUCUGCUUCUGUUCUUACACAAUUGCUUUGUCAGCUAAUUUCGUUCAAUAUUUGUUCUUCAGUCAAUUUUUAAAAGUCAUGAAUUUAACCUGAAAGCUAAGUGGUCUCCAUUUAAAGUUACCUGAUCCCGUCCCAUUACCGAUUUCUAGUUAAGUAUACAUCACCAUGCAAAUAGGUAAAAGAUCGCUUUACCUAUCAUGAUGCUAUGAAUCUGAAUUAUGAAGAUUCUCAGUACAUCGGCUUCUGUAAAGACUAGCAGUCACCUCAGAAACCAAGCUUUUCACAUUUAUGUUCAUUAAACAUGGGAUGCUGCAUCUGGUAAAACUCAGAGAGAUGCAAAUUACAUGUAAAGAAGUAACUUUAGCCAAAUGGAAACAGCUGGUUGGUUUGAGAAUUAUCUUGAAAUGAGAACAUUUUACCAUACUCUAUCCUGUGUGCCACAAUAAAAUACUGAAAAACCUAAA